CACUGCUCUUGCAUUCUGUUGCAGCCAAAUGUUUUCCCAGGAAACUGCUGGGCUUUCAAAAGGCAUCAGGGCCAGGUUGUCAUCAAGUUGCCAGCAUGAGUCUACCUGACUGCCAUCACAGUGCAGCACAUCCCCAAAGAUGCCUCUCCAAGUGGGCCAUCAUCAGUGCCCCCAGAGACAUUGCUAUCUUUGGAGUGGAUGCAGACAGAGAAGAGGAAACCCUCCUGGGGGUGUUCACCUACAAUGUAGAAAAAAACCCCACACAGACUUUCCCUCUGAAGAACAUGCUGCUCCCCAGAGCCUUUUCACAGGUCAAACUUUUUGUGAAGAGCAACUGGGGAAACCCGUGGUGUACCUGCAUUUACCAAGUGAAGGUUCACGGAAAGAUGGAAAACCAGAAAGCCUCAACCCAGGGCCAAGAUAAAUAAAGAAGAAAACACAAAAGAAGAAAGGGCAGGGGGAAGAGGGAAAUGGGGGGGAAUGAUGUGGUAGCCCAAU